AUUCCCUCACAGAGCUCCACGGGGGCGCGCGUCCGAGCGGGAGUUGGAAAGAAACAUGGCCGGGAAACUCCACAGGACUGCAGACAGCUGUGAACAAGAUCGAGUGCUUCCUUGUCCUGAGAAAGAUCCUCCUCUAUCAUCAUAACACCAGCCAUUUGUCUCUGUUACACCUUGGUGGUGGCAACUCAGUUUGUUAUGCAGUACCGAGGAAAGACGAGAGAUCCUGAGCUGUGCAGACAUUCAGCUGAUCAGCAGUUCACUGCUCGCACUGCAGAAAAUCACAAAAGUUCUGCUUUUUUAGAUAUGAGGUUUGUGAUCCUUUUGGCUCUUUUCAGUGGGAUUUUAGCCGCCCCGUUCGUAAAGGAAGAGGAUGCAAAGCGUUUCAUCAGGCUGAAGAGACAGGCUGGCUACUGGGAUCCACACCACUCUCAGAACCAAUGGGGCUACACCAUCCAGGAGCAGGCAAACGAGUACUGGACAGCCAUACGAACAGAUGCCCAGUACUACAUGGACAUGAGUCACCUGAUGUUUGACCGCUCUGUGGCUACGGAAAACAACCGGCUAUAUAUGGAGAUGCUGCGUAAUGCAAGAGCUCACCUUGAUAGCCAGAUCGGACAACACAGAUAAAGACACUCAAGAGAAAAGUGAUGGAAUCACAAGAAAGAUAAUGCCUAAAUAAGAAAUCAAAUGUUUGCUUUAAGUCGAUUGCAUAAGGAAUCUGUAGUGUGCAUGUUGUAAGCGUAAACAGUGAACUGCUUUUAUUAAUGAAUGUUUUAGAUUGAACUUUUCUGUAGUGAAUAAUUUAAAGUUUAAAAUGUGCAGUUGAGAGUGGAUUUAAUUAUAUCUAUCAGAAUUUUCAUAGGCAAAAAUUGAAAUAUUUAAAGCUCAUUUUCUCAGGUGAAUUAUGCAGGGCUGAUAUCUAUCCUCAGAUCACUCACUCUUGGUUGUUUUUUUUUUGUUGCUUGAUUGAAAACAACUUUAAGUUUGGUCAUCUGAUUCUGUUUUAGUGCAAAGGUGGAGGAAACAUAUUUUGGAGCUAAAAGAAGUAUAGUAUGUUGUAUUCCUUUCAGUGGGAUUUUCUACCCUUUGUUGUUUACCACUGGGUGGUGCUGUCAGUACACCUGUUUUAUUCUAUGGAUUUUACCAUUUACCUUGAGCUUUUAUUAUUUUGGCCUUUAUUGUCAGCUUUAUUUUCAUCGAAUGGUACAAAGGAAGAAACAGAUUAAAUUACAACAGUAUGAAGAAUCAAAUUUAAAUCAACUUUAUUAGUGUGAUUAAGUAUAUCUAACCAGUAUGAAUACUGUAAAUUUGAGGUUUCUGUAACUUAAAAGAGCUGUGCAGACAUGUUUAGCGAUGCAUACAUGACAUAAUACAGGUAGAAGUUGUUCCAGUUACUGCAGUAACCAUAAAUAUUGAUGAAGAGGCUAAGACAGACAAAGAAAAUGUGAGAACUGUACAAACUGUUUAAAUGCGACACAAUUCAGAGCUCCAAUCAAUUAAGUGUGCUGCAUAUUCCUCUUAGGUUUAUUUAACCUUCAUUAUAUUUUUUGAAACAUGUAGAUUGUUUUUUAAGGUAGUUUACAAGUUGUUGGUACCUUUAUAAGAUUUAAACAUUUGUAUCAUUUAACAAUAAAAAGCAGUCAGUGUUCGAGGUAAGUUGUGCUUCAUUUGUUUGGAAACAAGAAUAAUCCCACUUUAGUAUAAUGACGCAAAAGUUAUGUUGGAAAUGUUGGUAUUACUGCAUGACGUUGCAGGCCAUUCCAUCACAUUAAGUACAGUGAAUUAAAGGCAACAUCUAUGAGAAACGGUUAUAAGGAAGGCAGCUUACUACAUAAAUUAAGUCUAUUAUAACACCUUAAGUUAUUUUUAUUCAUUUUAAAGAAACUGAUCAGGGUUAAUUUACAUACAAAAUGUGAACUGACCAGCAGGUGUGGUAUAGCGCACUAAUAGCAGCAUGCUACUUAAAGCCACUGUGUGUACAAUAUGAAGUUGUUUAACAGUCUGAAAUGCAACAUAGGCUGCAUUAAGUCUACGAUUGUCCUUUUAAAAAAAAAGAAAACAGAUUUGUAUGCAUUAAGAAUUUG